AUGGCCUACAACGCCGUCGCUCAGGUCGAGGAAGUCGCCUCCAGUUCCGACUCCAACUCGGACAUCUCGGACACCGCUUCACCCGUCCAACAGGUCUUUCAGCAACUGCGCGAUGUCGACCAUCUCAAAGGACCUCAGCUAGAAGCCGCCAGUAGCGACGAUCACCACGUCCUCGGCCACCUCGGCUCGAUGAUCCGCUCCAUGACCACCGCGAACUACGAUAUUGUCGAGGCCGAUGACUACGGCGCCGAUCCUUCCCCCGUCGAGCAAUCGAGCAGAUCCAACAGUCUACGCCGCAUUCCUCCGCUUAACACGGCUGUCGCGCGACAUUCUUCCUCUCCCGAACCCCCUUUACGCAGCGCUUCCAGCGACCUCCCCAUCACUCACCCGACUCCCGAUUUACAAUCAUCUCAGGGGGCCUACGUGGGCAAUGUAGCGCGGCUGGAACAAAGCGCCGAACAGCUCAGCGCCAGUUCAACAGACAUCGCCAGCGAGAUCCGCAGGAUGGAUCAGGAACAGAAGCGCCGCUCGUGCAGCUCUGCAUCCAAUUCCGUCAAUCUCCGGAAUGGAGCAUUCUCGCCGGUGACGAUUGCGUCUCACGGAUCGACCUUCUCCACGCGCCAGCGCUCCGUCUCGGGCGCAUCCCGACUCGCCCAGCUUCCAGAACCUGACCACGACGAAGACGGCCACUUCUUGGGUCGCAUGCCCGCCCCGUCGGCCAUUCUCCCCCCACCACAAGCCCCGAUCUAUACCCAACCGCACGACCCGUACUACAAUCAAUACGAUGACCAUGGUGCAGUCCCGGAGGAAAUUGAGCGGCCAGCUUCGGCCGCCUCAGGAGAUACCUUCCAGCAAGCGAGGUCGCUCUUCACCGAUUUCGAUGGCGUUCAUUUCGCGCCCUUGGAGCGCGCAAAUUCCGGGCGCCAGUUGUCCCUGAGCCAACCGCCCCUUGCAAGUAAGCCGGAAUCGUACAAGGAGCCACGCAUGGGUGAGAACAUGGUAUACUACCCUGCUCCAGUCCCCCGCAUGUUGAACCUCCCGCCCAAACUCUCUCGCAAGCCAAUCUCCGAUCGCGAAAAGCGCCGGACACAGCUUUUGACGAAUAUCGUCGCCGAAGAUAGGAAGUCCGCGCUUUAUUUGGCCGGAUCGGAGCAGGAUCGGCUAGGUGCCAGUGAGAGGGAGAGGCACCAGUCCAAGAUACCACCUCAACUUCGCGCGAGUCUGUUCUUUGAUAAACCGAGUACCACCCUCGAGGUGAACGUGAAGCAAGACUCGGCAGUUGCGACGCUUGAUAGUAUCCUCGACGCCUCGGCGCAUGCACCCGUAUCAGCCUUUACCGAUCACCCAUACGCCGGCCAAGUGGGCUCGUACGUCUUCCAACAAGAGAAGCGUAAGACGAUCUACAAAGACCCUGCGACUCAAAGGGCAAACCGCAAUUCGCACAUUCCAAUGGGUCAACGCCACAGUACUCGCCAUGCGAACGAUGAAGAAGGGUCGGUCAGUUCGCGCGACAAACACCGAGAUGGGUCUCAUGAUGAAGAUGACUCCGACAGAUCCAGUAGCAGCGACACAGAAGGCGAGGAGCAUUCAACGGAGAGCGGCGAGGAAGGCGAGGAAGAGGAGGAGCAGGGAUUCGUGGAUUAUGUGGGACCACCAAAUACGUUACUCGCUGAACUGGACCUACGAAAGCAAGAAAUGAAGCAGCGACAGCGAACCCAUCUUCCGACUGCCUCACAGGCCCAGGGAUUGCACUCUACUCUAUUAGAGCUCGAUGCAAUGGCCCAGAAACAGAGUGAUAAGAGACGUCGAAGACCCGUUACACUGGCAUGGAACCAUCAUAAUACUGUGAAUGAUGACGAUGUUCCGCUUGCAAUGUUGUACACCGACCAGGUCCAGAAUGAUGACGAAGACCAACCAGUUGGGUUGAUGGAGAGGCGAGCGCUAGAAGAAAACGAGCCAUUGAGCACGCGUCGCGCCAGACUGCGCGGCGAACCAUUACCAGAGAAGCGACCCGUCUCGGUACACGAGACGGAAUUACCUCAAGCAGAGACAGCCCAACCCGAAGCAGACAGCGACGACGACGAAGAAGAAGGCGAGACACUCGCCGAACGCAUGAGGCGACUCCGUGGCCAAAACCCAGCAGAUAGCGAGUUUGCCAGUCAACUGCUUGCCGAAAUCGACACCCGGACAGGAGUUGCACCGAAAGAGCCCGAGCCCGAGCCCACCCCGGCUGCAGACGCCCACGAGGACGAGACUCUCGCUCAAAGACGCAUGCGCCUACAGAAGGAGAACGGCCCGCCGCGCGGCAACGCAAAGAAUCUGCAUAUGCGCCGAAGCAUGGCUGCUCUCCCGCAGACUCGUCCCGCGCAGCAGCACAUCGCCCGCCAAUCAUCACACGACGUCCUUCCUUACGGGAACGCGAUGUCUGGGCAAUAUGCCAGUCGCAUGUCCAUGCAAUCCCUCCCGCUUUACCCGGGCUACCAAGCUCCCAUGGGCUACCAAAUGGGCGCACAGCCCUACGGAUAUGGCGGUAUGGGACAUCCAGCUGCUCAAGCCUAUAAUAGCAUGAUGAUGGGCGUGCCGGGUGGUAUGGCGUAUGCCAUGCCUGCAGGCUGUGGACCGAAUAUGACACAGCAGCCUGUUGAUCCGGCGCAGCAGGAAUUUAUUGAUCGGUGGAGACAGAGCAUCCGCUAA